ACUGGGUUGUCACUGUAUUUUGCUGUGAUCUUUUUCGCCAGCGAAAACUUCGUCUGACACGCACGAACUUUCGUUUCUGUCUGAAAUCCGUGAAUUUCGACAGAAUGUCACGAAACCGAGCAGCUGAGGAGACUGACAAGCAGACUCGUAUUGCCAUUGUCAGCUCCGACAAGUGCAAACCGAAGCGAUGCCGCCAGGAAUGCAAAAAGUCCUGUCCGGUGGUCCGGAUGGGAAAGCUCUGUAUCGAGGUAGCAAUGGACUCGAAAAUUGCGUCUCUUUCGGAGGAACUCUGCAUCGGGUGCGGUAUUUGCGUAAAGAAAUGCCCAUUCGAGGCUAUUACCAUCAUCAACAUCCCCAGUAAUCUGGAUAAACAUACCACCCAUCGUUACUCGAAGAACUCGUUCAAGCUGCAUCGUUUGCCGAUUCCACGUCCCGGAGAAGUGCUGGGAUUGGUCGGUCAGAAUGGUAUCGGUAAAUCUACUGCACUGAAGAUUUUGGCCGGAAAGUUGAAGCCAAAUCUGGGGCGUUAUUCUGAUCCUCCGGAUUGGAGUGAGAUUUUAGCUCACUUCCGAGGGAACGAAUUGCAGAACUAUUUCACCAAGAUUCUGGAAGAUAGUCUACGUGCUCUGAUCAAGCCUCAAUAUGUGGACCAGAUUCCGAAGGCGGUCAAGGGAACGGUUACUGCAUUAUUGGAUAAAAAGGAUGAACGGAACAAUCAAAAGGAAAUUUGCAAUAUGUUGGAUCUGAAUAACAUUCGCGAUCGUGAAAUUCAAGCUCUAUCCGGAGGAGAACUACAGCGUUUUGCAUGCGCCAUGGUGUGCAUCCAAGAUGGAGACAUAUUCAUGUUUGAUGAGCCGUCUUCCUAUCUAGAUGUUAAGCAACGGUUGAACUGUGCUUUGACGAUUCGUUCGUUGAUUCAUCCGGACAAGUUUAUCAUUGUGGUCGAGCACGAUCUGUCUGUUUUGGAUUAUCUGUCUGAUUUCAUUUGCUGUCUAUAUGGAGUUCCUGGAUGUUACGGUGUCGUCACUAUGCCUUUCUCUGUUCGCGAAGGCAUCAACAUUUUCUUGGAUGGUUACGUCCAUACCGAGAAUAUGCGUUUCCGUACGGAAUCGCUGACCUUUAAGGUUUCGGAAUCGGCUUCGGAAGAGGAAAUCAAGCGAACUUGCCACUACGUUUAUCCAUCGAUGAAGAAGAAGCUCGGUGGCUUUAUGCUAACCGUGGACGACGGUCAGUUCAGCGAUUCUGAAAUCAUUGUGCUUCUCGGAGAAAACGGUACCGGAAAGACUACCUUCAUCCGUAUGUUGGCUGGUAAUCUAGAACCGGAUGAAGAAUCCGAAAAGUUGCCCUGUCUGAACAUUUCUUACAAGCCCCAAAAAAUCUCGCCCAAGAGUCAAGGUACGGUACGUUGGUUGCUUCACGAGAAGAUCCGCGAUGCCUACGUGCAUCCGCAGUUUAUGGCCGACGUGAUGAAGCCAAUGAAGAUAGAAGAAAUUAUGGACCAGGAGGUGCAGAAUCUGUCUGGAGGUGAAUUGCAACGUGUAGCUCUUGUUCUGUGCCUGGGUAAACCAGCUGACGUCUAUCUAAUCGAUGAACCUUCGGCUUAUCUGGACUCCGAGCAACGUCUCAUCGCGGCAAAGGUGAUCAAGAGAUACAUUCUGCACGCCAAGAAGACCGGUUUCGUGGUGGAGCACGAUUUUAUCAUGGCAACCUACCUCGCGGAUCGGGUUAUUGUAUUCGAAGGAAAACCAUCGAUCGAUACCACUGCACAUACGCCUCAAUCGUUGCUGAACGGAAUGAACCGGUUCCUAGAGCUGCUGGGGAUAACAUUCCGACGGGACCCGAACAAUUUCAGACCCAGAAUCAACAAGACCAACUCGGUUAAGGAUUCAGAGCAGAAACGCGCCGGUCAAUACUUCUUCUACGAAGAACCUUAAGUCGACUCUGCUCUACUGGUAUUAGUCUGAUUCAUAUCCAGUUUCGUUUUACAUGAUGGAAGGAAAAUUGUAUUCAUUUAUUACAAAAAAAAACUACAAUCAGCUAAUUGUUCUUGUGUUUUGGACGCAAAAAAAGCAGGUAUAAGUACUGAAAGGUUGUUGGACUGGAUACCUUGACGAUUAACUAGUACAUUACAAAAAACAGUAUCGGUCCAACUUUUUGUAGAAGUUUUUUUUUAGAGUUUUCUAAUUUUUAGAGCAUACGAUACCUAUAAAUAUUAAGAAGCAGUUUAUUGAAAGGAUAUGAACAUUGGCAUGCAGAAAUACGCUAAGCGGAAAGUGCGCAGGAAAUCUU